ACGACUUACACCAGUAUCCCGUUUGGUGUGUAUUGUAUAAGCUUCGUGAAAUAACACUUUCCAAUCGUUCCAUUUCGUACUUGAUUUUAAAUUGUACAAAACGAUUUGUUUCUGUAGAGCUUUCAACAGUGUCAACUUUUUAUCCUUUUUUUUUUUUAGAAUUUACCAAGAGGGUGCUAAAUCAAGUAUUUAGCGUGACCAGUGAGCGAAAGUGAGCUUUUUUCUGUCGUACAUUAUAAUUUGAUAGGGAAUGUGGGUUUGCUGGUGCUACAGUCAUGUCAACAGAUGUUAGUUUCACGAAGCGUGCAGCGGCUGAACUCACUAGAUGUUUCAACGGUUUAGCCGUCCGUGGAAAGGCUGGUAACAUUCGAUCACCCGGAGGGCUGACCAGUGUCUCGACCGCGACCGGUCAAGAUUCGAAUACUCGCCAUAACAAAGGGGUAUCUCGUGUAGAAAAAGCUGCUGAAAUCAGGGAAUAUUUGUCAGCACUAAAAAGACCAAUAACAGUGAAGGACUUGUGGCAAGACCCAGGUUUUUUGGGUACGUUUUUCCGGUACUUUAUUUCUCGUGAGCGGAAAAUAUUAGCGCAAGUGUGCCAGCUUUGGAGGGACCUACUGUAUCAGCCCAAGUACUGGAGAGGGAUUCUCCCCAUCCUUCAGUGUCGGGAACUGCGACCUACUUCGGGGGACAAGUCAACCUCAGCCGAACUGAGAAAGAAGGUGUACUUUAGUCUUGAGCGACGAGGAUUUGACUGUGCUUGUCUCUUUGGCGCAAAUGAUGAGGACUUGUAUGAUUUUGUGAGCAACUGUCCACCCUCUUAUGUGAGACACCUACGUCAUUUGUCGCUACGUUACUGUAAUGUGACGGACAAAGGUCUUGAAGUUUCCCUAAAAAAUCUACAAGCCGUGACGCAAUUAGAACUGUUCGGUUGUAAUGACAUUACUGACGCGGGUCUGUGGGCUACUUUAAAUCCCCGUAUUGUAUCAUUGACAUUAGCGGACAGUAUAAAUAUAGCGGACGAAAGCGUAGCUACCAUCACGCAGUUACUCCCUUCCUUGUACGAGCUCAAUUUGCAAGCAUACCACGUGACAGACACCGCUUUGGCGUUUUUCGGACCUCGCCAAAGUGCAACCUUAAUUAUUCUUCGUCUUCGAUUUUGUUGGGAGAUCACAAACCACGGACUCCUUAAUCUCGUCCACGCUCUUCCCAAUCUGAGUAUACUCUCGCUUUCAGGUUGCUCUAAAAUAACUGAUGAUGGGGUGGAAUUAAUUUCGGAGAAUCUGCGACAGCUGCGGUCACUUGACCUCUCCUGGUGUCCUCGAAUUACGGACGCUGCCCUGGAGUAUAUUGCCUGUGAUCUGGCACACUUAGAAGAACUGACUUUGGACAGAUGCAUGCACAUCACCGAUAUAGGGCUCGGCUACUUGUCUACAAUGACUAAUUUAUGCGCCCUCUACCUAAGAUGGUGUUCACAGAUUAAAGACUUUGGAAUUCAACAUCUUUGUAGCAUACGUCGUCUUCAAAUAUUGUCGUUUGCAGGAUGCCCUCUUCUAACUUCUGUGGGAUUAUCUUCUGUUGUACAGCUGUGCCAUCUACAGGAGUUAGAGCUAACUAACUGUCCAGGGAUUUCUAAAGAACUACUCGAGUAUUUACGUGUAAACCUACCAAACUGUAUGCUUAUUGAAUAAUAAUGACAGUUUCACUGCUAAA